GGAGCCCCGGCCCCUCCCCGGCGUGUGCGGCGGCGGCCCGCGCUCCAAGCGUCCGCGCGCGGCCGGCUCCCGUGCCCGGGGCCGCCUCCGGCGCCCGGCACCUCCCCGCCGCCGCCGCCGCCGCCUGGCUUCUCGGCGCCCGAGGUCGAGCGCGCGUUGGAGAGGCGGUGAAGGGGGGAUCUCCAAGCGCCGCGCCGCGCCCGCCCCGCGCCCGCCCCGCGUCCUCCCCGCUCGGCGGCGGCGGCGGCGAGGAGGCGGAGACGGCUGGCAGGCGGCGGCCGGACCGGGGCGAUGGCGCCCGCGCAGCGCCCGCUGCUGCCGCUGCUGCUGCUGCUGCUGCCGCUGCCGCCGCCGCCGCCCUGCGCGCGCGCCGAGGACGCCGCCCGCGCCAACUCGGACCGCUAUGCCGUCUACUGGAACCGCAGCAACCCCAGGUUCCACGUGGGCGAGGCGGGCGACGGCGGCGGCUACACGGUGGAGGUUAGCAUUAACGACUACCUGGACAUCUACUGCCCGCACUAUGGGGCGCCGCUGCCGCCAGCCGAGCGCAUGGAGCACUACGUCCUGUACAUGGUCAACGGCGAGGGCCACGCCUCGUGUGACCACCGGCAGCGCGGCUUCAAGCGCUGGGAGUGCAACCGGCCCGCGGCGCCCGGGGGGCCGCUCAAGUUCUCCGAGAAGUUUCAGCUCUUCACGCCCUUCUCCCUGGGCUUUGAGUUCCGGCCCGGCCACGAAUAUUACUACAUCUCUGCCACACCCCCCAAUGCGGUGGACCGACCUUGCCUGCGGCUGAAGGUCUACGUGCGGCCAACCAACGAGACCCUGUAUGAGGCGGCGGAGCCCAUGUUCACCAGCAACAGCUCCUGCAGCAGGCUGACCAGCUGCCGCCUCCUCCUUAGCACUGUCCCCAUGCUGUGGACCCUGCUGGGCUCCUAGUGCUGGCCCUGAAGGAUGCCCGCCCCCAGCCGCGGCUCCCGCGCCUCCAAGACCAAAUACGCUCCACCUCUCCGGACUGGUGCUGCCCCGCUGACCAGGACUUGGCUGCAGGGAGAUGCAGUCCCUGGCCCAGCCAUCCUAGGGCCAAUGGACACCCCAGAGCCCCGCGACGGUUUUAUUUUAUUUUUACUGUAUUUUUCUUUCAAGGUUUUUAAUUUAAUUUAUUCCCC